CUCUUUCACUUACGCAACGGCUGUUCGUAACAAAUUUGGCAUCGACGUAUAAUGUAAACCUCGCGUUCAUCUCACUGUCGGUUGUCCAGUGCUGUCGACCACCAACAUUUUAGCAGAAGGUUGACUGUUAGAGUAGUGGAAGUCCCGAUCCCUGAAUCUACCUACACACUCUCGCCCUUUCAUUCACUGUCAACGAGAAUUGAAGCAAGAUGGUGAUGACCAAGGAACCGGCGCAGUCGCCCACUUCCCCAACGCGAGAAAAGGAGGAUCUACAAAAGCCCACAGCCGUCGAAGCUUCACCCGUGGCAUCGCGCUUAUCGCGUUGUGUCGAAACAAGUUAUCAGACCAGACGCGAUAGCUUGCAUGCUCUGGAUUUGGUGCCUCUUACGAAAGACUAUGAGGUACUACGCAAAAGAUUGCGUUCGCUCGUGGCGACAGCGAAACAUUUUCGACUUGUUACGUUACAAGCCGAUGAGGCGCGACUUACGAUGUUACAAGCCUUGACGGACCUGUCCAUCGACUCGCCAAUCUAUCGUUGCAUCGGCGAUACGACCAACGAGGGCUCGAUGGCUUCCUUGCAGAUCCGUAUGAGUACGGAGACCAAGCAUAGCGGGGAUAGGUUUCAAAAGAACGUAAUUGACUACGCCGCUGAAUGGGAAUCUGUUGUCAACACGCAAAUUGACGCAGGUCUGGUUGAGGUCAAAAAGCUGCGCGAAACCUUAAAUCACUACGAGUCCAAGGUAGAAGGUUUGCGGAAAAAGACGAAUAGCUUGGAAAGCAAAGGGAAGACAACCCCCGAUAGAAAGAUGGAAAGGUUGAAUCGGAACGAAGCCAAACUCGAAGAGGCAGCCAAAGCGUACGAAGACAAAGCCUUAAAGCAAUGCGCUCUAAUGGAAGAAGCGACCGCGCAAGGGUGGCGUGAUUUGCAUCCACUCGUACAGAGACUUGUGAAAUGGGAAACUGAGCGAUGCGACCGAGAAAGCGGUGUCUUGUUAGGCGGAAAGCCUUACUUGGAAUUCUUGGAUGAGACCGUGUCGGCUAGCAGCGAUUCGACACCAAAGGCAACUGAAGAGAAUGCCGAUACUGUCGAUCAGAAGUCUCCGGCCAACAGCGAGACUUCCGAGACAGACAAGUGAUCGUUGAUGGACAUGUAGGUAUGGAUGUCUAUACGCUCUGCCCUGUCCAGAGGAACCUCUCUACCUUGACUUUCCAGCUUCCAUAUGUAAGAGUGCCGUUUUGUUUGUGAAUCUAUAAUGGUGAUUGAACAAG